AUGAUCUUGCUGCUCUUAUUUCUCCGUGUGUGUGUGUGUGUGUGUGUGUGUGUGUGUGUGUAUGUGUGUGUGUGUGUGUGGCUUUGGGUUUUUAUCUGUAACUCCAUCUGCUUAGGAGAGUGGGCUCUCCACAAAGGAACCUGCUAUGAACUUCAUUGCAAGAAUAUAGAGAGAAAUAGGACUUACGGUAUUCCUCUAGGGGCUCUCGUCUCACACUUUGAGAAGAGGAAAGAGAUUUCCAGAAAAAUGGCCAGAUUUUCUUUGUUCUCCAUCAUUUUAACCUGGCAAGCUGUUUGGUUUUCCUACUCUGACCCAUGUUACGUUUAUAAUGUGCCCAAGAAGGAAAUAGACCAGUGUCUUUACUUUGUUCCUUGCUUCCUCAAAGUUUCUUCUUGA